GAAAUGUGUGUGAGCAGAGCGCCGGGCGGUAGUCGGUUGCUGCUGGAUUCACUGUGCGGCUCUGUGUGAGGGACGCUUUCAGGCCUGAAGAUGUAAAAAUACAGAAAAUAAAACAGAGAGACAGACAGACAGAGAGAGAGAGACAGAGAGACAGACAGCGCGGUGUCUCCGCUGCUUCCAAAAUGACCACCAUCAUCCAUGACACCACGGAAGCUGUGCAUCUGUGUCAGGAGUACCACCUCUACCUGAAGCCCAUCGCCAAGAUGACCAUCAGCGUGGCCCUGCCUCAGCUCAAGAUGCCUGGCAAGUCCAUCUCCAACUGGGAGGUGAUGGAGAGGCUGAAGAACAUGGUUCACCCGGAGCUCUUCUCCUCGCUGAGAAUCUCCAAAAGCACCAUGGACUUCAUCCGCUUCGAGGGCGAGGUGGAGAAUCGGGGAAUCGUUAAGAGUUUCGUGGCGAAGCUGGACGGAAAGAGCAUCAAGCUGAGCGGCUUCACCGACAUCCUGAAGGUCCGAGCGGCGGAGAACAAGGUGGACUUCCCCACCCGCCACGACUGGGACUCCUUCUUCAGAGACGCCAAAGACAUGAACGAGACCGUCCCCGGGGAGCGUCCGGACACCAUCCAUCUGGAGGGACUCCCGUGCAAGUGGUUCGCCCUGAAGGACAGUUCUUCAGACCGGCCUUCAGAAGCUGUUCUUAAAAUCGUGUUUGAGAACUUCGGUAAAAUCCGUAACGUAGAUAUCCCCAUGCUGGAUCCCUACAGAGAGGAAAUGACCGGAAAGAACUUCAACACCUUCUCGUUUGGCGGCCAUCUGAACUUCGAAGGGUACAUCCAGUACGAGGACCACACCGGCUUCGUCAAAGCCAUGGACACUCUGAGAGGGAUGAAGCUGAUGUAUAAAGGAGACGAUGGGAAAGCUGUGGCCUGCAACAUUAAGGUAAACUUCGACACAACCAAACACCUGAGCGAAUCCUCUCAGAAGAAGAGGCAGCAGGAGCGCCUGAAGCUGCAGGAGCUGGAGAGGCAAAAGGAGGAGCAGAAGCGCAAACAGAAGGAAGAAGAAGAAAGACGAAAAGAGGAAGAGCGGAGGCAACGUGAGCUGGAAGAGGAGGAGAAGGAGAAGAGAAGAGAGGAGAAGCUGAGGAAACGAGAGCAGAAACUGAAAGAACGAGAGGAAAAGAAGAACCAGAAGAAGGUGAAGAAACUGCAGGAAGAGGAGCAGAAGAAACUCCAUCUGAAGAUCGCUAUGGAGGAAAGGAAGCUGCUGCUGGCCCAGAGGAACCUCCAGUCCAUCCGGCUCGUCGCUGAACUGCUGAGCAGAGCCAAGGCCCUGAAACAGCAGCAGCUGGAACAGGAGAAGGCGGAGCUUGCCCAGAAGCAGAAGGCGGAGCUUGCACGGCUUCAGCAGCUGGAGGAAAAGAGGCGGCAGCAGGAGGUGGAGCUCCGGCGGGUGGAGAGUGAGAAAGCUCGAGCUCUGGAGCUCCAGAGGAAGGAGCGAGAGCUGAGGGACCGACUGCUGGGGAACCUCCUGAAGAAGAGCACCAACACUGACUGUCAGGAAGAGACAGGACCUGAGAUUAAUGAAGAACCGGCAGGUGAUACAGCGCCACAGGUGUGUGAGACACAGACUCAACUCAACGGAGUCACCCGGCGGCUCAACAGAACCAAGCCGGUUCCUGACGCACCUCCACCUCCGGUCACUAGAGGGCGCCAGGAGAGCGAACCCGCGAAGAGAGAGGAGAGGCCGAGCGGGAAAGACGAGCGAAGAGGCCAGAGGGAACGGAGACGCAGUGCGGACGUUUCCGGCAGCCGGCACGGGCGCGGCAGCCAGGCGCAGAACCGCAGCAGGGGGCGGAGUCAGGGACGCAGAAGUGCGCGGAGCCGAAGCGGGAGCAGGAGUGGGCGGAGACGCAGUAGGAGCGGCAGGAGAUACAGUCGAGAAAGAAGCCGCAGUUACAGGAGGAGCCAGAGCCGAAACCGAAGAAGUCGUGGGAGGGGACACAGUAACGGGAGGCGGGGCCAAAAGAGCAGUGGGCGGAGCCAUCGCUAUAGUCACGGCCAGAGUAGUAGUAGCAGCAGUAGGAGCAGCAGCAGCAGCAGCUCCAGAAGUAGAAACAGAAGCAGAAGUCGCUCUUCUAGCCGAGGAGAAAGAAGACGACACUCCUACAGCCGCUCUCGACGGCACUGAACUGAAACCAGACUGCUUAAAACAUCAGAACCACACUAAAAAAGCCCAAUCAAAACCCUGUUUAUCCGUUUAGCUCAAAUAUUUAAGAAAUAGUCAAAAAAUUCAUUUAAAGGUCAAAAAUUGCAAGUUUGCACCCUGUAUUCGAUUAGAUAAAACAUGUUUGGUGUUUCCCUGUACAAUGUUAGAACUCAAUUACCGCAAUAUGGAGUAGCAUUAGCAUUACCCGCUAACCGCUUUCGCUAUUUCCCCAUUCAGAGGGGAGUAUUAUCUGGCCUGUAGCCUGCUCCUAACCCCUGCUAGCACUGCUGGAGUGGUUAGCCGCUAUAAUGCUAAUGCUCCAGCCUUAGUGCUGGAGAAAUUUAUUAAUCUAAGCUUACUGUAGAUAAACUAAAGUGCUUUACUCACCCAAAUAAACAGGAGAGUUUUCAGGAGAGAAAUCUGUUUAAUUACAGAUUAGAAGUCUUUUUUUAAUUACAGUUUUGUUUACUUAGCUUUACUUAACUCCAGUGUAGCCGAAACUCUGCCAGAAGCGUUUUAUUGUGGUAUAUUCCUGGCUGUUGGUUAUAUGGUUGUUAAGGUAUUCCAAGCAGUGCAAGUGGGUUCAGCUGUAACAUUUUUAUAGGGAAAAAUCCCCCAAAAUUACUGUUAAACACCAACAAUUAAUGCAAUAAAUGUAUAAAUAAAGUAAGUAGAGGCUCCACCAGACCCAACAUUCUUUAGUUAAGAAAGGAAACCUGCAGCACCAAACAUGUCUUAUCUUAAUGACUGAAUUUAAGGUAAAAGAGAGAAUAUUAUAGUAUAGUAUAAUUUGUUUUUUUUCCACCAAGGAUAACUUUAAAUCAAGUUGUAAUGAGCAUGCACAACAUUAGAAGUGUUGCUGUUUUAUUCUAAUGCUUUUCAAAACAUUCUAUAAAGAAGCCACAGGGCUGGAUCUGUUUUAUAUAGGUAUUAAAGCCAAUGCUGCAUCUCUCAGUUCUUCAUUAUUAAUAAGUUGCUGAUUCUGGGUAAUAAUUCCUGGCUGUAGUAUCCAUAUAGAUCUGAGCAAUAGAGCAGAAAUUUUUCAUGGUAGCUAAACUUGAAUAUUUAAAAUACACAAAUGGCUGAACAAUGCUUUUUCUGUGACUACUUUUGUAUUAGUUAAGCCCCUCCCACUCGUGCUGAAAUUUUAAAAAGUGUUUCAGCAUAGGCUGAUUUUUGAAUGAGGCACAAUAUCGUGGCAGCCAAUCGGAACAGAACCUAUUUACAUAUAUGUAAACCUUAAAGAGACAGCACUGUUUAAUUCUAAAGGAUUAAUAACAUUGAAAAACAGUUAUAUAAAAAUAUCUCCUGAGGGGUUUGGUUUAUAAACUCACACCAAAGCUGUGAUGGGGCUAGGACGAAAUCUACCAUAAAAUAAAUGUAUUUAUACAUUUAAUAAACUUGUUUUUUGUUUUUUCAUAAAAUAAAAUUCCUAAAUUAAAAGUUUUACAACAUGUUAGAACAAGCUGCUCAAUUUUUGUGCAGUUUUCAUGGUUCAGUUCCUUUUUUUCCCCUUUGCGUUGAGCGUACGAAAACCAGGAAGGAUACCUCAGUCGCGUCCUACAAAUCACUCAACUGUACACCAAGGAUCCUUCACUUUGAAACCUGUUGGAAACUACCUAGGAUGCAGCCUUGACUUUGGAGUACAGCUCAUAUACAUGUACACAAAAUCAGGGAGUUAUACUGAUAAAAAUUCCAAUUGGAUGUUUAAUUACAUAAACUAAUGGACUGUCUCAUAAUAAGAAUGCAAAUUUAGCUUGCAAGUUUAAAUCAUGGUAUUCCAUGGUAGUAUUUGAAUGGGUUUGGCCCUAAUAUUCCUAAUAUUCAGCUCUACAUAUGUUUAGGAGUGAGUUUUCUGUUUGCAGGGCUGUGAGAUGUACAGUGUUUUAAACUCACCUACGUUCAGCUUCUUAGUGUCGACUGAAGUCAAAUAACACAUUUCUUCUCAUUUCAACUUUUGCCUUGAAUUUAGAUUUUAAAUUAGAGUUUAUUUUACUGUUGCAUACUUUUACCAUCAACACCAAUGCAAAUAAUUAGAUAUGGAUAUCUAGAAGUUAUUUUUAUUUUUUAGUUAUAUAUUUACUGAUAUUUAGUGAAAAAAAGAAGUGGAACUGACCUUUUAUUUUGUUGGAGCUUUCGCGCUGUUUGGCUCUUAGCAUGUCUUUAUUUUACUUUUUACUAUUUGCGCUGCUGCUGCUCCAGUUAAACCUGAAGAAACACUGAUUUUUUUUUGGUUCUGCAGUUUCUCAGUUAAUACUAAGAAGUGUUUAGGCCUCUUCAGCUGUUAUAAGAAUGGGGUUUAUUCUAAAAUCACGUUCCAUUGAAGCAGUGUUAGAUUUGCAUGCAGUUUAUUCUCUUAAUUCCCACCUAAAACUUUAUUUUUCAGGUCUAGCAGAACAUUUUAGAUCAUUUCUUUGUUAGGUACUGAACUGCACUGUUAUUAAACCCACUGAUAGUUAAAUCAGGAGGAUUUUAGAUCAAUUGUUGGGGGAAAAACAAUGAUAUAAAGCAGGCGUUUUGUUUUUUUUUUGUAAUGAAUGGGGUCAUUUUGGGUUCUGCGUUCAGAUCAGCUGUUGUUGAGUUACAGGGAGGAAACGUGGGUUGUUCCACGCAAACCUCCAAACAGGAAUAUGAUCUGAAUUAAUUUCAAGAAGUAUUUAUUCAUUCAGUUUCCAAUAAAAUGACCCUUUCACACA